AUGGAUCAAGGACAAUCUAUCGUCAUCGAUAACGGAAGCGGUGUAUGCAAGGCUGGAUUUGCUGGUGAGGACUCACCUCGUUGCGUCGUACCUUCCUUGGUGGGUCGACCAAAGCAAAAGAUGGUCAUGAUUGGUAUGGGUAACCGGGAUUCCUACGUUGGAGAUGAAGCUCUUCCCUAUAAAGGUAUUCUCGCAUUGAAAUAUCCCAUCGAGCAUGGUAUUGUCACAGAUUGGGAUGAUAUGGAAAUGAUUUGGCAUCACACUUUUUAUAAUGAAUUGAGAGUGGCUCCUGAGGAACAUCCCGUGUUACUCACAGAAGCUCCAAUGAAUCCUAAAGUCAAUCGUGAGAAGAUGACUCAAAUCAUGUUUGAAAUCUUCUCCGUACCAUCUUUGUAUGUGGCCAUACAAGCUGUCUUAUCCUUGUAUGCUUCUGGUCGAACCACUGGUAUUGUGUUGGACUCUGGUGAUGGAGUUUCACACACGGUUCCAAUCUAUGAAGGUUAUGCAUUGCCACAUGCUGUAAUGAGAUUAGAUUUGGCCGGAAGAGAUUUGACGGAUUACAUGAUGAAAAUUCUCAAAGAACGUGGUUAUUCCUUUAAUACGAGUGCUGAACGAGAAAUUGUUCGAGAUAUUAAGGAAAAGUUGUGUUAUGUAGCAUUGGAUUUUGAAGGUGAAAUGAAGAAGAGCUCUGAAUCUUCGAGUAUUGACAAACAAUAUGAAUUGCCAGAUGGUAACGUGAUUACUGUUGGUCAUGAACGAUUCAGAUGUCCAGAAGCGUUGUUUCAACCCAACUUUUUAGGUAUGGAAUCCCCAGGAAUUCAUGAAACCACCUUCCACUCGAUUGGCAAGUGUGACAUCGAUCUCAGAAAGGAAUUGUACGGAAACAUUAUCUUGUCUGGUGGUACAACAAUGUUUGACGGUAUUUCCGAGAGAAUGACCAAAGAAUUGGUGACUAUGGCUCCUCCCUCCAUGGCCAUUAAGGUCUCGGCUCCUCCCGAACGUAAAUAUUCUGUUUGGAUUGGCGGUUCAAUUUUUGCUUCUUCAUGCACGUUCCAACCCUAUUGGGCCACCAAGGAAGAAUAUGAAGAAGUUGGUCCACAAGUGAUUAUUAGAAAGUGCUUUUAA